AUGGCGACUGGGAUAGCUGAGACGGCGGUGAAGAUCCCUGAAGGGGGAGCUCGCUGCCACCGAGGUCAACGCUCCCAUUGUGCCCGGCAAGGUAAGCCAGACUGAUUCCAAUCUUCACGUCCUCCAGUAAGUUGGGGAAGCGGACGUCAACCUGGACGGCAGCAUCGUCCUGUGCCCGCAGGUCUAUCAGUGGGGCAGGAUAAAUAUAUUAUUGUCCUUUUAA